AAGAUUGAUUUUAUGUGUUUCAUGUUUAGAUUUAAUUUUGAUUUAGUUGAUUGUUACAUAUUAUUUACUUGUGAAAAUUGUGUUUAAAUUGUUGAUAUAAAUUUUUGUUUUCUAUUCUCUUCCUGAAAAGGUAUAAUUGUUUCGUUUCCUCAUUAUCAAGAUGCGAGUAAUUUCACAAAAUGUUCUCAAAGUACCCAAAGGAAUGAGAGACUUUGGUCAACAACAAAUGUUGGUACGAAUUAAAGUCUUCAAGAUAAUUGCCGAUGCCUUUAAACGUAAUGGUGCUCUUGCUUUGGAUACUCCAGUUGUUGAAUCUAAACAAUUGUUAACCGGUAAAUAUGGAGAAGAAUCAAAAUUAAUCUAUGAUCUUGAAGAGAUUGAAAAUGAAAUUCUUUCCCUUAGAUAUGAUCUCACGGUUCCAUUUGCUCGACACUUGGCUCAACAUAAAAUAACCAAAAUGACCCGAUACUCAAUUAACGCUGUAUACCGAAGAGAUAAUCCAUCAAUUACCAAAGGCCGAUUUCGUGAAUUUUAUCAAUGUGAUUUUGAUAUCGCUGGUAAAUAUGAUCAAUUGGAACCUGAUUCAAGAUGUUUGAAGGUUCUUUGUGAAAUAUUGAACGAUUUGGAUCUCAAUGAUUUCACUGUUAAGGUUAACCAUCGAUUACUUCUUAAUGGAAUGUUUUCCGUAGCCGGUGUACCCGAAGAAAAGUUCAAAACAAUCUGUUCUUCAAUCGAUAAGCUAGGAAAGUUGACAUGGGAAGAGAUUAAACAAGAAAUGUGUAAGGAUAAAGGAUUAGAAGAGUCGGCUGCUGAUCGUAUCGGUGAAUUGAUUAAAUAUCAUGGAUACGUUGAAGUUUUGGAUGAACUUUUAUCAGGUGAUUUAGGGAAAAAUGCUAACGCUAAACAGGCUUUAGAAGAGCUUAAAAUUUUACACAAUUUAUGUGUAAAAUUGGGUAUCAAUGGUAAAAUUGAAUUCGAUCUGAGUUUGGCUCGUGGAUUAGAUUAUUAUACCGGGAUUAUUUACGAAGCCGUUUUACAAGAUGAUGGAUUAGAAGUUGGUUCAAUUGCUGCUGGUGGACGAUAUGAUGGUCUUGUUGGUACACUUUCGGGCGAUAAACAUAAUGUACCUUGUGUUGGUGUUUCUGUUGGUAUUGAACGAAUCUUGGCCAUAAUUGGUCAACGAAUGAGUUUAGAACCUUCUAGUGAAAUUGAUUGUUUCGUAAUCUCUAUUGGUAAAGGGAUGGUUGAAGAAAGGUUAAAGAUAAUUGCUGAAUUAGACGAUUCCCUAAUUUCUGCUGACCAAUUAGACAAAGGAAACCCUAAAUUAUUACCUCAAAUUCAAGCAGCAGAAGAAAAAAAUAUCCCAUUCGCUGUGAUGCUCGGUGAAAAUGAACUUAAAGAUGGAAUUGUUAAAAUAAGAGAUAUUAAAAGUCGAUCAGAAACACCAAUUGAACGUGCAAAAUUAGUCGAAACAUUGAAAAAAAUGCUCGAAGAGCGAAAAGCCGAAUUAACCAAAGAAUCUGAAAAAAAUAAAUCUGAUUCUGAUUCUGAUUCUAAACCAAUAACCAAAGCGACUCCUGAUGAAAUCAUCAAAAUUAAGCUUGAUGACGUUUCUGGUGAUGAUGAGAAAAUUAAUCAACUAUAUGGUUUCUGUACACCUAAGGGAAUGCAAGAUCAUGACCCUGAACGGAUGAUGGACCGUGACCAAGUCUUUGAAACUAUUGUUGAUACAUUCAAACGGUCUGGUGCACAACCUUUGGAUACACCCGUUUGCGAAUUGAAAGAAACACUGCUGGGAAAAUAUGGAUCAUCAGAGGAGAAAUUCAUCUUCCAUUUGCAAGAUCAAGGUGGAGAGAUUCUCUCUCUUCGUUAUGAUCUGACUAUUCCUUUCGCUCGUUAUCUGGCAAUGAACAAAUUAGGGGGCACGAAAAGAUAUCAGAUUGGUAAAGUUUAUCGAACCGAUAAACCGAAUACAGAGAAAGGAACAUUCCGGGAAUUCUAUCAAUGUGAUUACGAUAUCGCUGGACCAUCAGAUAACAUGAUCGCUGAUGCAAAAUGUUUACGAGUCCUUUAUAAAUCGUUGAAAAAUGUUGGCCUCCAAUCUUUCGUAAUUAAGGUUAAUAUGCGUCAACUUUUGAAUGGUGUUUUCACCUUAGCUGAAGCUCCGGAGAAAACAUUUCCAACGUUAUUUGUGGCCUUAGAUAAAUCUAGAAAGACUCCAUGGGAUGAAGUUAAAAAAGAUCUGAUGAAAGAUGCUACCUUGACGGAAACAAUUUUAGAUAAAAUUGCCGAAUUGAUCAAUCAACGUGGAUCCAUUGAUAAGUUGGAUGAAUUGGUUAAUGGUGAACUGGGAAAGUUUAAACCUGCUCAGGAAGCUUUGGAAUCAUUGAAAAUCCUAUUGAAAUAUUGUCAAUCACUGGGAAUUGAAGAUGGAAUCAUUGAGUUUGAUUUAAGUCUUUCCAGAGGAUUAGAUUAUUAUACUUCUCUUAUGUUUGAAGUCUCAUUACGAGAUCAAGUUGAUCAUGGAUUUGGUUCUAUUGCUGGUGGUGGACGUUACGAUAAUUUAGCUACUUUAUUUGCUGGAAGUAAAUAUAAAGUACCUUGUGUUGGUUUCAGCAUUGGAGGUGAUAGAUUAUUGGCAAUUAGAGAGUAUCAAAAAACCUCUCUAGUUAACGCAUAGGUGAUUUUACCCAGGGAAUCCAAGAAAAAGAUAAACUCUGAUAUUUAUAACCAUUUGUCAAGUAGAAAGUGAGGCUAAUUUUGUAAUCUUUUUCAUUGAUUUUCAAUCAUAUUAUUAAAACUUGAAAACUCUUGUUAUA